UUUGGCCGCAGAUAAAAGGGAAAUGAUAGUGAGGAAACACACAUUCCUCUACGCACACGUUUACUCACACACAUACAUUCAUACAUGUAAUGGAAUAGAAGAACUGCAUGUUUUAGAGCUACUCUUCAUCUUUUUCUCUCACUAGUGAGGACGUGCCUCGCCAUAUAAUAUCUUUCAAGAAAUAUUUUAUCCAUUUAAUUUUGAUAGAAUUGAAUUGAAUUUGAAUGCAUCUGGGUUAUGAAUGAUGGUGAACUAGUCGUGAACUCACACACACACACACACGGUUUGAGAAGACACUUCCUUUAAUCUUGUUUUGUAAACCACCAAACUAAAAAACCACCAAAAAGCCUUUAGGCUUCAGAGGAUAUUAAGAGUUCCGAGUGUCAAAAGGAGGACAAAAGGUAAAAGCCCCCCCCCCUGCCCACCUGAAGAUGUCCAACAGUACAGUUUGCCCCUCCCAGAAGCUGCACCCCUCCCUCCCCUGGCUGAUGGUGGUAUUCUAUCUGGGCGGCUUCCUGCUGAACAGCCUGAGCCUGUGUCUGUUCGGCUCCCGUGCCAUGAAGUGGAACUCUGGCGUGGUGCUGCAGUUCAACCUGGCCCUGAGCGACAUGCUGAUCACGCCGGCCGCCCCCUUCAUAGUGCUCUACUCCAUGUGGGACGACUGGCCCUUCGGCGUCUUCCUGUGCCAGUUCAAGGUGUUCCUGCUCAGCGUGCACGUGUACGGAGGCAUUUGCUUCCUGACGCUCAUCAGCAUUCACCGCUGCUCCACCGUGGCCCGGCACAGGGGCCCCACCCAGUCGCGCAUGGCCAACCCCCAGUACGUCCGUCGGCUGUGUGCGGCCGUGUGGGUGGCGCUUCUGCUCCAGGGCCUGCCCUUCUUUGGGCUGCUGGACACCUGGGUGGACGAAGCGGACAACACCACCAAGUGCCUGAACUUCCACCAGCCCAACAUGGCCACGCUCUUCUUCGUCUACAACCUGACGGUGCUGGUGGCGGGGGUGGUGGUGCCGUUCUGCGUGUUCGCCGCCUGCUACGCCUGGCUGGGCGCGUUCCUGUCCCGCGUCAAGGCCCAGGGGGCGGACGUGAAGGGCCGCGCCGCCCGGGUGAUCGCCGCCUGCAUGUUCAUCUUCACCCUCUGCUACGUGCCGCUGCACGUCACCCGCACGGUGGGCGUGACCGUCGCCCUCUUCCACCCGACCCGCUGCCAGAUGCUGAAUCGCGCUGAGGACUGGUACUACGCUAGCUUCACCCUCUCCGCUGCCAACUGCUGCCUGGACCCCCUGCUCUACUGCUUCUCCUCCCGACGCUUCCGGGAAGCCCUGAGGCAGACCCUGGCUAACGCUAGGAAAUCCGGCCUACUCAGGCGCCUCUGCCCACAGCAGGCAGAGAGUGAAGAGAGCGCUGACAGAGACAAGCCAAACAGUACUGUAGAUACAUCAGAUAGGGCUCUUUAGACAGACCUGUAAGACAGGCAGGGACGACAAAGUGAAAGACAAUCUCUCAUAUAGGCAGGAUCACUGGUUGGCAGGGUAAAAAAUAGUGCAGUUUCCCAAACAAGGAGGGUCAGUGACAGUGGCACGUUAGGUUUUAAGUUCCUUAAAGUGAUAUAUUAAUCAAAAUCAAUGUAAAUAUAAUUAUUUUUCUAUCAAUACAAUGUACUAAGCAUUAAUACACAUCCUACAUAUCUUCUGUGAAUAACCUGUCUACAUGAACCAUAUACAGCAAUGGCUUAGCAUCAAUGUAUGAAAACAACUGGAAUCUAAGUACCUGCAGGUAAUGCAAACUGAACACGCAUGCUUCUAAUCAACACGCUCAGCUAUGUAGUUCAUUUAGCUUUGGAUGGCUAUAAAUGAGAGAGCAUAUGGGAUGUAAGGUGUUGACCUGGGGGAACGCUGGGUUUAGUAUGUGAAUAAAGUGAUACUGAUAUCUCUA